UAAAACGUCUCGAUCUCUUUGCCUCCGUGCUCACCAACUCGGGAAUGAAGGCUCCAAGUCGAGUGAAUUCUCGCUCGUACUCAUCCACUGUCCGAGUACCUUGCUUGAGUGCCAGGAAUUGACGCUCCAUUUCUGCUCGAUAAUAAGCAGGGUAGUACUUUUCACGUAUCAACUCCUUAAAAUUAUCCCACGUAUAACCUUGUUUUUCACCAGGACGCAUUCCCAAGUAGCAAUUCCACUACAGACACGCAUCACCCGUCCUUUGGAUCUGUGCACAGAGAACUCGAUAACGAUCAGGACAGUCCAUGACCUCGAAAAUCAUUUCAAGGCCUUGGACCCAUUCGUCAACAAUUCGAGGAUCUCCCUGGCCAGAAAAUUUCUCUGGAUG